CCUGUCACCGGAUUGGUUCGUUCGCGAUAUGUCGUAAACGUAUCCCUGAUUCGAAACUCGAGAAAAACGUUAAAAGUUCGUUAUUAUUAGAAAGGUAGUUUAGUGAUAUACACACAAAAGAUUAAUAAAGUUAAAUAAAUAAAUCAAUUAGAUUAGUUAAAAUAGUGAACGUUAGCCUUUCGGUUUGACUUCAAGUCGUAUGUUGAGUGUUGAGAAAUAACGUGUUUUAGUGAGGGUGAAGAUUUUUUGACCACGUUAAACUCGAUUAUUUUAUAAAAAAAACCACCGGUAAAAUGGAUGACUUUGUAAAAAUUGAAAAAAUCGGCGAGGGAACGUAUGGUAUUGUCUACAAAGGUAGAAAUAAGAAGACUGGGAAGUUGGUGGCUAUGAAAAAGAUCCGACUUGAAACUGAAGAUGAAGGUGUACCGUCCACAGCAAUAAGAGAAAUCUCGUUAUUAAAAGAACUUCGACAUCCAAAUAUUGUUUUAUUACAAGAUGUUCUCUUAGAAGAAUCAAGAUUAUACUUAAUUUUUGAAUAUCUACCUAUGGAUUUAAAAAAAUAUAUUGACCAACUUCCUAAAACUACCAUGAUGGAUCCACGACUUGUAAAAAGCUAUUUAUAUCAAAUAAACAGUGCCAUAUUGUUUUGCCAUCAAAGACGAGUAUUGCAUCGAGAUUUAAAACCACAAAAUUUGUUGAUUUCAAAAGAUGGUAGUAUUAAAGUAGCGGAUUUCGGUUUAGGAAGAGCGUUUGGUGUCCCUGUUCGUGUCUACACCCAUGAAGUUGUUACUUUAUGGUACCGAGCUCCAGAAGUAUUACUGGGAUCGCCUCGUUAUUCUUGUCCAAUCGAUAUGUGGUCCGUCGGAUGUAUUUUUGCUGAAAUGACAACCAAAAAACCAUUGUUUCAGGGUGAUUCUGAAAUAGAUCAACUGUUUAGAAUUUUUCGCGUCCUCCGUACGCCUACUGAUGAAACAUGGCCAGGCGUCAGCGCUUAUCCCGAUUACCAUGCAACAUUUCCUAAAUGGAGCAACUAUAAUCUAGCUUCCCAAGUAAGCAAUAUGGAAAAAGAGGGAUUGGAACUCCUCAAAGAAAUGCUCAUUUACGAUCCAACGAAAAGAAUUUCCGCUAAAGUCGCUGACACUCAUCCUUACUUUCAUAAUUUGGAUCGUAACGUUUUACCAGAGUUUUAUGAUUAGAUUUUUUUUAAAAUCAUGUUGCCAAGAGGAUUAAAUUAAAACUUUUUUUUUUAUUUUACGUUGUAUAACUGUUCCAUCAUUUCACUUUAGGAAAUAAUUUAAUAAGAAAUGCCAUAAAAUACUUUUGAAAGAAACAGUCUCUCUUUAAUUUACGUUGUAUUACUUAUUUACUUUUGAUAUAAAUGCAUUGAUACUUUCUUAUAAAA